AUGUCAAACCGCCCGAGUCUACCCAAUUUGGAUUUCGGGGAUAUUGAUAUCACUCCACCGAGCUUAAAACGACAAUCUCAGCCCUACAUCAAACUUUCUAGAGACGCAACCCCUCAUGAAACUGAAUCGAUAGCACAAAUCCCUUCAUCGUUCAGUGAUGCAUCUUCUCUUCUCGAUUCUACGAGCCUUACACCAAAUGUAUCCAUCAAAUCAAUCCCGUCGUACUCCCAAGCGAGGAUCCAUGAUAUUCGCCAUUUGUUGAUAGACUAUUACAUUCAUUGGAAGUGGGAAUCCUUCGCAAGUCUUUUCAUUCUUGCUUGUCCAAUCAUUAUCAUCACGACACUUUACCCCUACGCAGAACAACCUUUACCGCAGUGGCCUUUCCAAAUAUCAAUCAAUACACUUCUAUCUAUCUACAGUCUUGUGUUCAAAACGUGUCUAACUUUUGUCAUUGCUUCGUGCAUCGGACAACUUCAAUGGUCUUGGUUUUCUUCCCAUCGCCCGCUUUACGAUCUCGUUCGUUAUGAUAGAGCUACUCGGGGGCCAUGGGGCUCUGUUCAACUACUAUGCUCUAAUCAUAUUCGGCACCCACUGACUGGACUCGGCGCCGUGAUAUUGAUAGCUGCAGUCGCUAUUGAUCCUUUUAUUCAGCAACUGGUUUCGCCAUACGAUUGCAGCAUAGCACUCCUAAAUCUCAAUGCCACGUUACCCCGCACCAGCCAGUUUGAUCUAGAUCCGGCUAUAUUUAAUACUACUUCCCGAUUAUUUCCAGUUAGAUUUACAGACUAUACCCCAAGCACCUAUAUCGCUUCGCAAUGUUCAACAGGAAACUGCACAUUUUCACAGAUGUACGGAACUCUAGCAUACUGUAGCAGCUGUGAAGACUUUUCGGACAAGCUAUUUCUCGAGACGAAAUGUUAUGAUAAGGAAAGCGACACUAAUGCCACUUCUGCAACAGGAUAUUGUGCCAAUAAUCUGAUUUCUUUUGCAACAACUAGUUUUUACGUAGGAGAUGAUCCUAAGUCUGAAGACUCACUAGGGGGUUAUUGGAUCAAUGUGACAAUUCCCCCCUCGAUUCCUGGCGGCGAUGCAAACGGCAAACUGGCAACUUCGAUAUUGGAGGGUAAAAAUAGACUGGCAAAUCACAAUCAAUUUAUACCCGGCGAGAACGCAUAUAUCCUAGUACCGAGGACCGUCGACCCAAUUAAACGUGUCGAUCCGAACACGGGGAAACCCUGGACGGAUUGUAAUACCACAGUGGCAUUAGAUACAUGGCGCUGUCAAGGAUAUGGUGCAGCGGUAUGUUCGUUACAACCAUGUGUCCGCACAUACAAUGCAACGAUAAACGGAGUCCAACUGAAUGAACAUAAGAUCUCCAGCUCGGGGACCAGUCACUGGGGAGUUGUUUCAAAAAUUCAUGAUGAGUUUGGGAGUUAUGAAUAUACUUGGAUAGGAAUGAUUGAUACACACUGCAUAUCAGGAGAGGAGAAUGAAACACUAAUAAAACAAGGCUAUAAAAUUGACAGCUCUUCGCAAUGGCUUCCUUUCAACAGGUCUAUCGUUUUGUCUCAGGCUGAAGAAAAUCUGGUUUCAUCUCUCCUCUUACAUCGUUGCUUGUAUCUCAUGGAAUACCACCGGCCGUUGGACGGUAUAUUCCCAUACUGGAGGGAAGUGUUGGGCAACUUCUGGGGCGUGGUAAUCAACCAAGGUUCUGGAUUAUCAAAUGAUGGACUAGUGAGCUUCUUUGACAUGACAGGUCCGCAAAUGAUGGUAGAUCUAUAUAACAACGGUUAUAUCGAGUUUAAAGAUGUACAAGAGAAAUUUUCAAAUAUUUCAGAUAUAAUGACUGCCUGGAUCCGGGCCCAUGGUAAUAGUACAUCCUCAGACCCUGCUAUCGGAGAGGUUCUACACUACGCAACAUGUUUGCACGUUCGAUGGCCAUGGUUCGCAUUCACAGCGACCCUAGCAUUACUUUCGCUAGCUUUCUUUAUAGCAAUUGUGGUGGUUACAGCUAGACAACGGCUACCGGUAUGGAAAUCCUCACCAUUGGCAUUGAUGAUAGGAGGACCAAACGCGAAAAUCUCGAGCGAAUCUACUCUUGAUGUGAUAGAGAAGAAGUCCAAGAAACUUUUAGUUACACUGGUCAAAGGAUCUAAUCCACAUGUUCAGAUUGUGGGAAAAGACAAUGGGCUUGUGGAUUUGGCUGAUGGGGGAAUCAGGAACUCGAUCUCAACACUGAGGGACGACUUGAUGGGAUAA